GCUCAGCCAGGCCUAUAUUUAGCCCGGGAAGGGGCGGGGGCACCGGGACACAAAGCGCGGCCCCGCCCCCCGCGGGGGUCACCUUGGCCCUGGCUCCCCAAGCCCGGUGCGCUGCGGUGGGGUGGGCUGGGGCCCGGAGGAGGUGGUCCAGCCUUGCUGGCCGGGCAGAGGGAGGAGCCUCCAGGGUAGGGCGUCAAGGUGAACCUGACCUCGGCUCCGGAGGGGGAGGGAGCUCCACCGGCCCCUUUCCUCCACGCAGCGGGCGAUGAGUGUCCGGCUGCAAAUAGCCUCGGAACGGGUGGGCGGAUGAUGAGCCACGCUGCAGAUGAGGGCUCCUGGCCCAUGAGACUCACACACCGCUCCGAGUUCGUGUCCUCCCCGCAGUGAGAUGAGGUCUGCGAGUGGUCCAGAGGCCCCGGCGGAUGACUCGAUUCCAGACGCAAUUGGCUGACAGGAGUGUCCGGACAUGAAGAUCAAAUCCUGUUCCUCACCUGCCUCUGGAGACCUUUACCCUCAGCCCCCUCCCUAUCCGUGAACAAGAUGAGGAGCCUGGGGCUGAGUGUGAGGGCGGGAUCCUGGCUCUGCCCUGGGCCUCUGGGACCUGGGUUUUUGUUGUUGGCUGAUGUGGGUGUUUUAUUUACUUUUUUUAAGAAAUGUUGCGUGGGUGUGGCAUACUGAGGAUAGAAAGCUAGUCCUUCACGCUGGCUAUAUCCCUAACUCUUUUAUUUCUAUUUUGAGACAGGGUCUCAACAGUCACUAAGUUACUCAGGUUGGACUUGAACUUGCAAUCCUGCCUCAGCCUCCUAGAGUGCUGGGGUGACAGGUGUGUACCACCGAGCCAGCAGGGGUGACGAUGUUUAUAGUUUUUUUCUUAUUCUUUUUUUUUUUUUUUUUUUUUUUUUGAGACAGGGUCUCACUAAGUAGUUCAGGCUGACCUUGAGUUCAUUAUGUAGCCCAGGCUGGUCUUAAACUCACAGUAAUCCUCCUGCCUCAGCCUCCUCAGUGCUUGGAUUACAGGUGUGUGCCACUAAACAGGGUUUUUUGAAACAGGGUCUUGCUUUAAUUCAGGAUGGCCUUGAACUCAGUAGGUAGCCCAAGCUGGCCUCAAGCUCCCAGCAGUCCUCCUGCCUCAGCCCACCAAGUACCGAGAUUACAGACAUGUGCCACCACAGCGUGCUGUUGCUGAUGCUUUUGAGAUUGAGUCUUGCUCCGUUGUCCAGGCUGUCCUGAAACUUCUGGCCUCCGGUAGUCCCCUUGUCUCAGCCUCUGAAGAAUCUGCAGUUACAGGCAUGAGCCAUGGCACCCAGCCGGCCUCUGUGCUCUUGGGAAAUAAGCCUUAGAUUUCUGCAGUGCUUGCUUCUUUUUUUGCAGUGCUGGGGAGAGAAUGCAGGAGCUACAUCCCCCAUCUAUUCUUAUUAUUUUAAUAUUGGGUCUCUCUAAGUUGCCAAAUCGCUUAGAUUGGGCUUAAACUUGUGAUCUCCCUGUCUCAGCCUCCCAGAUGGUGGCAAUCACAGUUGAGCACCAUGAUGCCUGUGCAAUGCCAUUUCUUUAAAACAAGCUAAUGCUAUUGCCUGCCUGGAUCUCUGGGAGCACUUUGAGUGUCUGAGGAGGGCCAACAACUGUCCCUGGCACUCAGGGAGGCUGAGUCUGGACCAUCCUGCUCCAGCCUCCAGCUCUGGGUCUCCAAGAGUGUUGUGGGAGCCUGCAGCAGGGCUGGGUGCCCCGCUCUUCGAGCUCUGGUGUGUGUGUGGGACACCCUCUCCCUCCCCCCAACCUUGCAUCCCUUGGCAGCUGUGCCUGCAGGGCUCAGUUGGCCUGAGCGGUCCCGGCUGGUUUGUCAAGGACAUUCUUAAUGGCCAUGAGGGCAGGGCGGGCGUUGAUUGGCAGCAAAAACACACACAAGCACACCUGUCCAGGUGCUGGGGCUGUGGGCUGUGGGGAAAGGCUCUGCUGAGGAGGCCCAGGGGCAGGGCAGCCGACAGCAGCACCCAAUGGAGGAGCUGGUGGGGCUGCGUGAGGGGUCCCCGGGGAACCCGGUGACCCUCCAUGAGCUCUGGGGCCGGUGUCCCAGCAUCCGCCGAGGCGUCCAAGGUGUCCUGGAGUGGCUGAAGCGGAUGCUGUUCCGCGUGGGCGAGGACUGGUACUUCCUGACGGCCCUCGGGGUGCUCAUGGCGCUGAUCAGCUAUGCCAUGAACUUCGUGGUGGAGCGCAUGCUCCUAGCACACAACUGGCUGUACCGGGAGAUCGGGGACAGCCACCUGCUCCGGUUCCUAUCCUGGGUCGUGUACCCGGUGGCCCUCGUGUCCUUCUCCUCCGGCUUCUCCCAGAGCAUCACGCCCUUCUCUGGAGGCUCCGGGAUCCCCGAGCUGAAGACCAUCUUGUCGGGGGUGGUUUUGGAAGACUACCUGGACAUCAAGAACUUCGGGGCCAAAGUGGUGGGUCUGUCCUGCACGCUGGCCAGCAGCAGCACCAUCUUCCUGGGCAAAGUGGGUCCCUUCGUGCACAUUUGUGCAAUGAUGGCUGCCUACAUGGGCCGCGUGCGGAUCAAGACCAUCAGGGAGCCGGAGAACAAGAGCAAACAAAAUGAAAUGUUGGUGGCGGCAGCCGCAGUGGGGGUGGCCACUGUCUUCUCAGCCCCCUUCAGCGGUGUCCUGGUCAGCAUCGAGGUCAUGUCCUCCCACUUCUCCGUCUGGGAUUACUGGAGGGGCUUCUUCGCGGCCACCUGCGGGGCUUUCAUGUUUCGCCUGCUGUCCGUCUUCAACAGCGAAGAGGAGACCAUCACUGUCCUCUACAAGACGAGCUUCCGCGUGGAGGUGCCCUUCGACCUGCCCGAAAUCUUCUUUUUUGUGCUUCUGGGGGGCAUCUGCGGCGUUAUGAGCUGCGCCUACCUGUUCUGUCAGCGCUUCUUCCUGGGCUUCGUCAGGAGCAACCGGUUCACCUCCAAACUGCUGGCCACCAGCAAACCACUGUACUCAGCCCUGGCGGCCCUGGUGCUGGCCUCCCUCACCUACCCGCCCGGCGUGGGCCGCUUCUUAGCCUCUCGGCUGUCCAUGGGCCAGUACUUGAACUCACUGCUCGACAACAACUCAUGGGCUCUGGCCACCCGCAACUCGUCCCCGUCCUGGCCUACGGAGCUUGACCCCAAGAACCUGUGGCUUGAGUGGUACCAGCCGGAGUUCACCAUCUUCGGGACGCUGGCCUUCUUCCUGCUCAUGAAGUUCUGGAUGCUGAUUCUGGCCACCACAAUCCCCAUACCUGCUGGGUACUUCUUCCCCAUAUUCGUCUACGGAGCUGCCAUCGGGCGCCUCUUGGGGGAGGCCCUGUCUGUCGCCUUCCCGGAGGGCAUCGUGGCUGGAGGCGUCGUCAACCCCAUCAUGCCAGGGAGCUACGCCCUGGCUGGGGCGGCGGCCUUCUCGGGGGCCGUAACCCACUCCAUCUCCACGGCGCUGCUGGCCUUCGAGAUGACCGGCCAGAUGGUGCACGGGCUGCCCGUGCUGAUGUGCGUGCUGGCGGCCAACGCCAUCGCCCAGAGCUGCCAGCCCUCCUUCUACGAUGGCACCAUCAUCGUCAAGAAGCUGCCCUUCCUGCCCUGGAUUCGGGGUCGCUACAUCAACUCCCACCUGGUGAACGUGGGGCACUUCAUGACCAGCUCCAUCACCACGCUGGCCAGGGACGCACCGCUGCAGGAGGUUAUCAAGGUCGUGACCUCCACAGAGGUGGCCGAGUACCCGCUGGUGGAGAGCACAGAGUCUCAGAUCCUAGUGGGCACGGUGCGCAGGGCCCAGCUGCUGCAGGCCCUCCUGGCUCCGCCACCUUCCUGGGCUCUGGGGCAACAGCGGCAUCUUCAGGAUAUCCUGGCUGAGGGCUGCCCCAUUGAGCCAGUGACCCUGCAGCUGUCCCCUGACACCACCCUGCACCAGGCGCACAACCUGUUCGAGCUGUUGAACCUCCAGGCGCUCUUCGUGACGUCGCGGGGCAGAGCUGUGGGCUUCGUGUCCUGGGUGGAGCUGAAGAAGGCCAUUUCCAACCUGACAAACCCCCCAGCCCCGAAGUGAGCCGGCCUGGCAAGACAGACGGACACCUGGUGGCCCUAGCGACAGCCCCUGCCUCUUCCCCUCCACCCAGCCCAGCUCCAGCCUGGCCCCGAGAAGCCCCCACAGUCCCUGUGUCACUGGGUCCCAUGGUGGGGGGGACAACAGCGACUGCCUCGAGUGACAAAGCUCUCUUGGGCAGACAACUGGUGACAGCGGGGGGGGGGGGGGAGGGAGCUCAAUGUGGGGUCCUCAAACCACACUACGGGCGACGAGGGCGGACUCUGGCGCCCCCUGGCGGGGCAGACUCCCACCCCAACUCCGGAGAAUAAAGCGGUUCCUGGAGCUGCCUGCUGGCCUCCUCUGCCCUCAGCUCCCUGCC